UUUGGUUAACAAAAUUGACAGAUUUCUUUAAUUACAAGCUAGUAAAUGUUGACAUUAUUAUACAGUGUUAACUAUCAGGAUUUACUCAUUGAUUGAUGUUGUUAACUUAAUCUUGAACAAUCCUAACCUCAUGAGCUAGAUUUUGUAGUGAGUUAGGCCAAAGUAUCCAAGGGAAUUUGUUGUGUUGUUGACUCACAGCGGCGAAAUCAGAAAUUUCGUUAAGGGUAUUCAAGAUCGAUUUAAUAUAUACACACAUUAAACUAAUUUUUGACCUUGGUAUAAUUUUUUGACCAAGGGUAUUCAACUGGCCAUACCCUUCAUUACUUGUGGCUACGCCACUGGUUGAGUGCUUACAUGGUUUUGGAUAAUUCUUGCCUCAUGAACUACCUUUUGGGUUGAGUUUUGUCAAAGAUACAUUUUCUUAACCUGGUAUAAAGCAAAAUUCAUUUUAAUUCUUGGUUUAUCUAUACAUUAGGGGCGGAUGCAGCAUGCUAGGUGCUAGCACUGGGUUCAUUUGAACCCAAUACUUUCAUUGCAGAGUAUAAAUUUCUAUGUAAACAAUUAUGAAAAUUGCAAUAAAUAUAUACUCCCUCCGUCCCAAUUUAUGUGACACCUUUCGAAUUUCGAGAUUCAAAAAAGUCUAUCUUUGACCAUGAAGUUUUCAUAUAUUUUUAAAUAUUUUGAAGAUUCCAUGUGCAAAUUUUCGAUCAAACUUAAACUGUUUGACUCUCGAAAAAAAGAAAAGUGCCACAUAAAUUGUGACAGAUGGAAUAGUAGGUUUGAACCCAUAAGUUAAAAAAUACAAUACAAUGAGUCUAAUUCUAAGAACCUCAAAUUUUAAAUACGAAAUCCGCCUCCGCCUAACAUAAGGUUCUCAUGUUAUCUUGUGCUUGCUCUUGAUAACCAAAGUUGAUUUUGGACAAUCCCCAACUCAUGAGCUAGUAUCUACGACUGGAUUAGGAGUAAGGUCGAUUGAUAUUCUUAACAUUAACAUGACUUAUUGUGGUACAAUGAUACCUAUGAUAGUUUAUGUGUAUUUAACUUAUAUGUCAGAAUGGGGUGGAGAGAGUUGCAAAUAUCAAAUUAUUGUAAGCAUGCUUAAAGCUAUGACCAUUUGGAUUCUUCAAUUUCAGCUUAUCAAACUUAAGGUUAUGAUUGACAAGAAUAGAAACCGAGUAAUCUUUGCAGAGUCGGACCAUGAAUUCAUUGACACACUCUUCUCAUUCUUGACACUCCCAUUGGGUACUGUUCUAAGACUUCUUGAAAAAGAUAUGGUUCAAUUGGGAUCAAUUAGCCGCGUUUAUGUCAGUGUUUAUUCGCUUGAGCCAAGGUUCUUGCGUACAAAUUAUUGCAAAUCCAUGUUGAUCAUGCCACGGAAUGCAUCAGAAGUUCAGUGUGAAAAGUUGAAGCUCAAUAUUGAUCAUUCGGAGAACGCAGGGAAGUUGUUUAUCUGUUCUAAUAUCUGUUCUAACUAUCACUGUGAAAACUUUCUCAGUAUCUGUCAGAAUACACAGUGCUGCCUCUGUAAUAGUUUGAUGCGAACUCCGAGAGGAAUUUCUGACAAGGAAGAGAAGAGAAGUUGUGGGGAAGACAGCGUGGUUGAAGUCUUUCUAAAGGCUGGGGCAGCAAGCUUUAUGAUAACAGAUGAUUUGCAUGUAAUGCCAGCCUCAACUGCUAGUUUAACUGCUUUGUUUGGAAAGCUCGGAGUCAGUGACAAGAAUGAAAUCGAGGCAAAGACUGUAGAAGUUAGUACUAAGGAGGUGUUGCAACUGCUGAAGUUCUCAUUGCUAUCCAAGACGCCUUUGACAAAUAUGAUACUGAAUAGCCAGGGAAAUUGGGUGAAAGAUAUAUCAAAGUUCGAAGAUAACCAAACAGCAAAGUUAGACAAGAAGGGCGCCAUGUCUCAAAACUCAAAUAGUAUGAGCCUGAAGCUUAUAGUCAGCAAAAGUAAGAAGAAGGUUUUGUAUGCGGAAGCCGGCGUCAAGCUUGUAGACUUCCUUUUCAGUUUCCUUGCAUUCCCUUUAGGUGCUGUAGUAAAGCAUCUAGGUGGCAACUCAAGACUUGGAUGUAUAGAUAAUUUGUAUAAGGGUGCUUCUGAUUUGAGUUCGGAAAACUAUAUCAAAUCAGAAGAGUGCAAAAAUAUGCUACUCUCUCCGAAAUUGUUUCCACACUCUGGUUUUGACAGUCAUAUUCUCGAGGUGGGAGAGGAGUACCCGAAAUACAGAUACAAUGACUAUGGAGAUAUAGAAAUAGUAAGGAACACUAAUAAAUCCGAGGGAUCAUCGAUAGGAAAUGAGGAAGAAGCAAGUGAUUUAGCCAUCAUUUUGGAUCCAAAGUCUCCAACAGGGGAAACUAUAAAGGGUGAAGGAUACUUGAAAGGACCUGCAACGUUUAUGAUAAUGGAUAAUCUUCGAGUGACUCCUUUUUCCCCUACCUCAAUCAUAACUCAGCUUAAUCAAAUGGAGGUGUCAACCAGUGAUUUGGAGGAACACAUCGUAACUGUUGGGAAGGACGAGGCCUUGAAUUUGCUUAAAGCGUCUUUAAUCUCAAAAACAGUUCUGAAUGAUGUUUUCAACAUAAGGGAGCCUUAUCCUAAGGUUAUGCUUAAAGUGUGAACUUUCAACAUGACGGAGACGUGAUCAUCAUGGUGUGAUUAUAUUAGAUGUUCUUGCCAUAUGCGGUAUGUGUGUGAUUAUAUCGUACGUACUUUAUUAUAAUUGAUUGUUUAUGCUCAUACUAGCUAGCCACCACAUUGCUUGACACCAAGUGGACUAUGUAAGAAAUUAUAUUGGCUAUAUACAAACAACUCUUGUAUGUUUA